UUGACGCGUCUAGGGCUCCCGUGGCGCCAAAAUGUCACUCGUAGCGGGGGUUAUUCGGCGGCUGGACGAAACCGUGGUGAACCGCAUCGCGGCAGGGGAAGUUAUCCAGCGGCCGGCUAAUGCCAUCAAGGAGAUGAUUGAGAACUGCUUAGAUGCAGAAUCCACCAGUAUCCAAGUGGUUGUUAAAGAGGGAGGCCUCAAGUUGAUUCAGAUCCAAGACAAUGGCACAGGGAUCCGGAAAGAAGACCUGGAUAUUGUGUGUGAGAGAUUCACCACAAGUAAACUGCAGUCCUUUGAAGAUUUAGCUAGUAUUUCUACCUAUGGCUUUCGGGGUGAGGCUUUGGCCAGCAUCAGCCAUGUGGCUCACGUCACUAUUACAACCAAAACAGCUGAUGCAAAGUGUGCAUACAGAGCCAGUUACUCAGAUGGAAAGCUGAAAGCCCCUCCUAAACCAUGUGCAGGCAAUCAGGGGACCCAGAUCACGGUGGAAGACCUCUUUUACAAUAUAUCCACAAGGAGGAAAGCUUUAAAAAAUCCAAGUGAAGAGUAUGGGAAAAUUUUGGAAGUUGUUGGCAGGUAUUCAAUACACAACUCAGGCAUUGGCUUCUCAGUUAAAAAACACGGUGAGACAGUGGCUGAUGUGAGAACACUGCCUAGCGCCACAACCGUGGACAAUAUUCGCUCCAUCUUUGGAAAUGCUGUUAGCCGAGAACUGAUAGAAGUUGGGUGCGAGGAUAAAACCCUAGCCUUCAAAAUGAAUGGCUACAUAUCCAAUGCAAACUACUCAGUGAAAAAGUGCAUCUUCUUACUCUUCAUCAACCAUCGUCUGGUAGAGUCAACGUCCUUAAGAAAAGCCAUUGAAACUGUGUAUGCAGCAUAUCUGCCCAAAAACGCACACCCGUUCCUGUACCUCAGUCUGGAGAUCAGCCCCCAGAACGUGGACGUGAACGUGCACCCCACGAAGCACGAGGUACACUUCCUGCACGAGGACAGCAUCCUGGAGCGGGUGCAGCAGCACGUGGAGAGCAGGCUCCUGGGCUCCAGCUCGUCCAGGACCUACUUCACCCAGACGUUACUACCAGGUCUUGCUGGCCCCUCUGGAGAGGUGGUUAAACCUACAGUGGGCAUGACCUCCUCACGUGCUUCUGGAAGUGGCGACAAGGUCUACGCCCACCAGAUGGUCCGCACAGACUCGCGGGAACAGAAGCUGGAUGCAUUUCUGCAGCCCGGGAGCAAGGCUGUGUCCCGUCAGCCGCCAGCCGCGGUCCCAGGAGAGGAGACUGAGGCCGCCUGCGGCCAGGCCGGGCAGCAGGACAAGGACGCGCUCGAACCCCCGGAGCCCGCCUACGUGGCCGCCACGCCUCCGGGCUCCAGCGUGGAGUGGGGAAUGGCAGAGAAGAGAGGGCCCCCUUCCAGCCCGGGGAACCCCCGAAAGAGGCCCCGGGAAAGCCCUGACGUGGAGAUGGUGGAAGGUGAUUCCCAGAAGGAAAUGACAGCAGCUUGUACCCCCCGGAGGAGGAUCAUCAACCUGACCAGUGUGCUCAGCCUCCGGGAAGAAAUUAACGCACGGGGACACGAGACUCUCCGAGAGAUGCUGCACGGCCACUCCUUCGUAGGCUGUGUGAGCCCACAGUGGGCCUUGGCGCAGCAUCAGACCAAGCUGUACCUUCUCAACACCACGAGACUCAGUGAGGAACUGUUCUACCAGAUACUCAUUUAUGAUUUUGCCAAUUUUGGUGUUUUGAGGCUCUCGGAGCCAGCACCGCUCUUCGACCUGGCCAUGCUAGCCUUGGACAGUCCCGAGAGCGGCUGGACAGAGGAAGACGGUCCCAAAGAAGGACUUGCCGAGUACAUCGUUGAGUUUCUGAAGAAGAAGGCUGAGAUGCUUGCAGACUAUUUCUCUUUGGAAAUUGAUGAGGAAGGGAGCCUGAUCGGAUUACCCCUGCUGAUUGACAACUAUGUGCCCCCUUUGGAGGGCCUGCCUAUCUUCAUCCUCCGACUGGCCACCGAGGUGAACUGGGACGAGGAAAAGGAAUGCUUUGAAACCCUCAGCAAAGAGUGUGCCACGUUCUACUCCGUUCGGAAGCAGUAUGUAUGUGAGGACUCGACCCUGUCAGGCCAGCAGAGUGACGUGCCUGCCUCCUCGGCCAACCCCUGGAAGUGGACCGUGGAGCACGUGGUCUAUAAAGCCUUCCGCUCCCACCUUCUGCCUCCUGAACACUUCAGCGAGGAUGGGACCGUGCUGCAGCUCGCUAACCUGCCCGAUCUGUACAAGGUCUUCGAGAGGCUUCCCCCAGUGCUUGUUCUGAAGACGCAACAGCCUGUCCAUGAACCCAGACUCGGAGGGCAGAGGAGGAUCGCAGAUCCUGCAAAGCGGCCCCAUGAUAAACACCUGUUACCCCCACUGGGUGCCUCUACGGAUGAAACGGACAUUCUUAAAAAGCUGUAUAUUCCAGAUUAUUCUCCGCGAGGAGGAGAGCAGAGAGGGCACCUAAGAGGAGCGUGGCUGUCCACGUGACAAAAUGAACGUGUCCGCAGCCAACUGUGGUCAGCAAGAGGGUAUGUUUAAUAGGGUCUUCAGGCCGCCCACCCCCGCUCCGGCCCGUCCGAGGGUUCGCCCCGUGAGUCAGCAGCAGAUGAGAUACAACACAGGGGAUGUCACGACAAGGGCCCUACUCUCGCUGUCAGGGCCGAGGCGUCGGACCUCCCCAGCCACGUGCAGUGACGCAAGUGUUCUAUACACUCCCCACAUCUUUUUCUAGCGUUUUCUUAUAUAAAUUUAAAUAUUUUACAAAAAAAGGCUUUUUCCUCCAAACAUACAAAUUUGAGUGAAACAUACAUUCCCCAUGUGUGAACUGGUUUCUUCACUAAAAUAUAAAUGCGUUCUGACACGAAGGGCAAGUGUCUCUGACCGCCGGAGAGGACUGCAGUCUGAAUUGCACCGUGGAGAAGGCACUUGUGUUUCCCGAGGGCUCCAGCCACGUGUCUCAUGGAUGCGCCAAGGCCUCUGAGGGCCCGUCCGCUAGGCGGCCGGGGACACGGUAAGUACGCUUGAUUCUAAAAUUACGGGAAUAAAAAAUAAAAACAGCAUGUACCAGUUCUUAGUCUAGAAUCAAAUUACAAACGGAAUCCAAAGUGAUCAUUCAUGAAGAUUCAAAGCCUUUCAUUCUCUCAUAAAUUAUAAAAUACAAAGGUGACUACUUUAACGACAAAACUCAAACAGUACUGAGGGGGGUGGCAUCAACAGACAGAGCGUCGGUCCCCGUGGGCGGGACCUGGGAGCCCGGCGGGGGGGGGGCGGCCGCCUACUGCUGGGCCAGUAGCGCCGUCCUGUUGGCCUUCAUCUUCUCCAGCCGCUUGGCCAGGUGGCUGUUGGUCAUCUCCAUCUCCUCGAUCUUGUCCAGUGCCGUUCGCAGCUGCAGACAGGGAGAGCCCGGUCACCUGACAUGGUCACACACACGACCCAGUGCUGUCUCAGCAUCCCCAUCUGGGACACGCAAGCGCUGCCAACCCGGCCUCAUCUCUCCUGCCUGCUGGUGGUGCCGCCCGCAGACACUGAGCGCCAGUCACAGAAAGGACAUACAGCAGGCGGAGGAAGAGACAGUCCCUAAAACCAAUGGGAAAACCAUCCUUUCUCUUUGUCUCUAACCUACCGACACACAAAGUAAACGGCAGUCACGGUGCAGGUCAAAGACCAACAAGGAAGAGUCCGGCGCCACCCUGCUGCGCCCGGAGGGUGGCCAGGCCUCGGCUCCUCACGCAGCGCAUGAGCUCGCUGUCUGCAAGCGGAGCACGCAGAAGCACAUACCUCUCGCUGCAGCUUCCUCUUUUCUGCCUUCAGCUCAUCUUCUACCUUCUCGGCAUUCUCUGCGGCCAUCUUAUACCUCAGCACCUGGCCCUCGAGGCGGCUGACCUGUCAACAAGGGGACACGGGCCUCUGCUGAUGGGCACCAGGGGCCACGACGGAAACACAGUGUCAUCACAAAUCCCAAGUCCUCCCCUCUCGAUGAGUCACAGGGCCUCCCAGGACCCAAUGGCUAUUUAUAGCUGAACACGCGUCCCCUGAGAGGCUUACAGCUGCAGAGUCAGUACAGGGCCAACUUCCCACGUUAAGUUUACGACGAACAUGUUGUCUACAUGCCAGAGGAACUGCAGCACGAGACACGCUGAAUGGAAAAGCUUUUAGACUUUUGGAAAUGUAGAAUAAGUGAUUUUCAAACUAAGAGACUUCCUGAAGUCUCUUGAAAUAUCUGGAAAAAAAUUAUAGCUACAGUUUUCUACAUUUUUAUGGCUAACAGGAAGCUGAAGGGGCCUUCGGGUUCUUGUCUGCCAGCCCUUUUCUUUACUACAGAGCUUUCCUAGAACUCUAACUGCAGAGAAGCCAAGAAACUCCUGGCGUUAGCCCCUUAUAUGUUUCAAAGGGACUUUAAAUCAUUUGGUACCAAACUGAGGUACUUACAUUUUGUUCCAACGUGGUUAUAUCCUGCUCUGCUUUUGAAAGCUUAAAUUUGUACUCGCUAAUUUGUCUAUUGGCAUCUCCUAGAAAAGAAGAAAAUAAUGAACCCCAUCUCAGAGUGAAGGUGGGACCCCUCGGGCACAGCCAGCCGCUGCAGCCUGCGAGAGGAUCGCGUGGUCUCAAACACCCAACACCGACGCCCACAGCGCAGACAGGGCGUCUCUGGCGGCCCCGGCUCCUGCAUGAGGCUCCUACAAGAAGCUCUGGCACCUGAUCUGAGCAUCCCUCGGACCAGGGAGCUCGAAGGAGAUUACUCUCCACCCCGUGAGAGCCCCGUUGGGGCAUUGGUGGCCUCUGCCAAGCUCGAUCUGCGCCCCCUGGCUCCUGUGCCUUCCUGCCUCCCCAGCUCCCUUCUGCCGCCACACCUGGGAGGCCCCGCGCUCCCACCUCUGGCUGGAGCCCUAAGCAACGUCCGUCAUGACUCUCCGUAGUCAACUGUGACUUCUUCUGUUGCUUUGAUUUCCACUGUCGUUUUCAACACUGAUCAUGGUUUCUGAAUGCAA